AUGCUCGGAAGAUUCCUGCAGUGCCAUGACUCUUCUCGGAAGACGACAGACCAACCGAUCAUGAGAGCUCAGCGACCAGUGGUGACAAUUGCUGCCAUGAUGGCCGUGAUGUCCAUGGCAGCGGCUGGUGGUGGAGGCGGAUAUGGUGGCAGUGGAGGAGGUGGAUUUGGCGGAGGACAUGGAGGUGGUGGAUUUGGCGGAGGACAUGGAGGUGGUGGAUUUGGCGGAGGAAACGUAGGUGGCUUUAACGGAGGACACGGAGGCAGUGGUUUCAGCGGAGGCAGUGGUUUCAGCGGAGGCCAUGGAGGCAGUGGUUUUGGAGGUAGCAGCUCUGGAGGCUACGGAGGAAGCAGAGGAGGCGGAAGUGUAGUCGCAGGAGUCUUGGUUGGCAGUGGGUCCCUUUCGAGCGGCGGCGGAAGCGGAUACGGAGGCGGAAGCGGAGGCGGUUUCGGAGGUGGAAGUGGGGGCGGUUUUGGAGGCGGACAUGGAGGCAACUUCGGAGGCGGACAUGGAGGCAGUUUCGGCGGUGGAAAUGGAGGCGGUUUCGGAGGUGGCUUUGGCGGCGUCGGAGGUGGUCACGGAGGCAGCUUCGGAGGUGGAAAUGGAGGCGGUUUUGGUGGCGGAAGCGGAGGCAGCGGAUACGGAAAAUAA